AGAACUUCUUGCAUAAGCGGCUUCUGCGGUCCUGCGAUCCUGUACGAAUUUAGUCUAUAUUUUUUAUCCAUGUGUAAUGGGCAUACAGUAUUUGAAGAUAGCUAUAGUAUAAGUAACAUAACAUCAUGUUGGACCGGUUACCAGUAGAAAUAGUUGAACGCAUUGUCGCAAAAAUCCUGGAUACUGACCUUAUUGCAGCAAGUAAGGUAGAUAGAGUGUGGUGGCAGGAAGUUCGUCGAGAGGCAUAUAAGAGGUGGAAAAAUUAUGCCAUUACGAUCGGAUGGAUAGACCGCCUCACCGAGGAUCAGCUUUAUAUUAUGGAGAAAAUGCUUAGGAAUGGGAUGGUCGUGAACCCUCAAGAGAGGGAAACCAUAGAGCAUGCAUUAAGUGAACAUAGAUGGGGAGGCGAUCCUUGGGGACUGGACUGGGAGUGGAAUGAAUGGACUCAACAGGAGUAA